AUGGAAAGCUGCAAGGUUACGAGCUCGGUGCUCCUGAGAGUGCUGCAGGGAGUCGCAGCGGCCACACUAUUACACGAGAACCGCUAUGAGCAACUCGUUCAGUGCUUUGCCUGUGGUGGCCCCGUAGCCGAAGGUGUGAACAGUCGCAUCGGCAAUGAUGCUACCCAGUCUCUUCCUCUCAGCGAUUGGCUUGCUAAAGUUUCGGACAUUUCUUGUGAUGAUAAUAAGAAUGGGCCCCUGAUACGAAACCUAGCAUACCUUGUGCUUGCAAUUGCUCUUCUUCGCGAAAGCGGCCGGAGCACGGACAAUCCUGGCCUUCCAGCUGUCUCGGAAGGGGAUUUAACCAUUGUGUGGAACAUGAUACGAGGCGCGAUUCUCAGUGAUCUAUUUCGAAAUUCUAAUGUCCGGGCGUCCCGCAGCGCACAAGGGUUCCUGUCCGUUCCACUCUGCAGCAUAGUUCGGAACGGGAAUAUCGAGGAGCUUUUCCGGCUUCAUGUGUGGCUACCGGAUACGCAGCGAGGGGUUCCAGAAUUUGCCGUUCAUUCCCAUCAGCCAUUCGGACAAAGUUGGAUCCUGGCUGGUGCCGGAGUGGACCAUUCAUUCGACGUUCACCCGACGACAGACUAUGCAGCAGCCACCCAUGCAGAAUAUAAGCUCAUCUGGCAAGAUGCGAAAAGUACGGACAAAUCUUAUAAGACUCAUCAAAUAUCAUCUACUGUUGAGAACACUGGCAACCUGGUGCGAGUGACGGCUACUGGCUCAGAACUGCACACGCGCAACAUGAGCUACUCGAUUCCGGCGGCUGCCUUCCAUCGCACGGAAGUUGCGCCCGAUACUCUACACGCCACCCUUUUCUUCUUUGACGCAUCGCGCGGUUUUGUAAAAGAUGCACCAGUCUUGGGACCCAAGGAGCUUGGAUCCUCUACUCAACAGCGAGAUCCAGGUGGUGUCACACCAGCAGCGCUUGCGACUAUGGUAGAUGCGGUGCGAUCGUGGGAAGUGUUGAUGGAGCAAGGAGAACAACAUGCGCAGCACGCUGAGUGGGAGCAUGCCCUGCGGUCCUUCAGCCAUGCUCUCAGUCUUUGUAGCCCGGGAGGGUGCCUGCCAGAGUCAGGAAACUACAGGAAUAUGGCGCUGGGAAAGCUAGGAUAUACGAAUAGGCGAUUUGGACGAUACGAUAAGGCAGAGGAGUAUCUGAAGAGCGCGAUGAAUGGGAUCGGCUCCACACCUCUUCAUGUCGAGCUUCUUGGAGAGAUGGGGGUUGUGUACCGCCAUAUGAAUCGCCUCGACGAUGCGAAGCGGGAAUUUGAGACUCAGUAUAACAUGGCAGGGGAGCUAAAGCUAGAAAAUGCCAUGUGCCGCUCUCUCGGGAAUUUAGCCAUGGUGAACUACCAGCUCUCUCUCGAUUUUCUGCCUCUGGCUAUUGACCAACUGAAGGAACGUAUUCGUCUAGCUCGGUCUAUCAAGGCAUCUGUUGGAUCAGGAGGGGAAAGUCAGGCCAUCGUCUGGGAGACGGUUGGGCUUUCUCGACUAUCACUCUGCUACACUGCCUGUGGCUUUGCAAACGACGCGAUUGCCACGGCUUUGGAAUCUUUGAGAGUUGCCCUCCGCACAAAAGAUCCUACAGUAGUUGCAAUGUCCCGGCUUUUCUAUGGGCGCGCUUUGUACCUGAACGGACAACGUGAGGAAGCUUUACUGCAGUUCAACCCAAUUGGGACAUGUACUCCGGCUAUGGCAUUGUGCAAAGAGCCCUCAAAUGAGCAUUUGGGAUACUUAAAAGAGCUGGUCGAGGCUGGCGCCGACAUGGAUCUCAUUGAUGAGCACGGCUAUAGUGCAUUGGAUUACGCUGUUUUUUGCGGCGAUAAGGAGACUGAGGGAGUUGUUCUUGAAGGGCUCCGUCGACAGUUCCGUGAGAAAGCGCACGGCCAGCUCUCCCAGCGGCAAAGAGAGGCACGAGUGCGAAAGUGUUAUCGGGAGGUGUUCCAGGAAGCUCUGCGGCCUGUUCUGCUAGAAAGUAGGAAUGAUGUAGGCCAACUGCAGCAUCUACGACGCGUGUAUGCCGCGUCACUUGCGGCAGACGAAGAGAAAAUCAAGGUAUUUGACGGACUCAAAUUUGUAUGGUACCGGGACUUUGUGCGUAAUGGACAGCUUCCAAGAUCGAAUCACGGUCUGACGCAGAACUAUCGCAAUAUGGAACCGGAAUGUGCGCCAGAUUAUAUAGUCUUCAUAUCAUAUCGCUGGAUUAGUGGUGAUCAAGCGUGGGUAGCAUCACCGGACGAUGCCAAUCACACCCAGUAUCACCGAAUGAUCAGAGCGAUCGAGACAUUCUUGGAGGCCCACGAAUCCAUAAACGCACAGAAGUUAGGUAUUUGGCUGGUAAGCCCCGAAAUCAACCCUCCUGAAGAGAUGAUAUAUACUUAUCUAUAUGCAGGAUUGGGCCUGCAUCGACCAGGAUAACCCUUUGCCUGGGAUUGCUGCACUCCCUCUCAACCUUGCACAAUGUGAUGCGGUAAUUAGCUUGCUCGAUAGCAGCUACCACAGUCGUGCUUGGUGCUCCGUUGAGGUCAUGAUGAUACAGAU